CCAUCUUUUUGGGUCAAACUUCAUAUGACUGUCUUGUGCGAUUUCAUCCCAUACAACAUGGCUGCCGAUAUAACAGCAAAAUCAGUCUUAGAUAGAAUCACAAAAAGACAUCUCAAAUGUCACAUCUGCACUGACCACUUGAAAGAGCCCAAGAUGCUCGAGUGUUCUCAUUCAUUUUGUUUGUCGUGUCUUCACCAGCUGGCAAAGAAAGAGGAGAGAUCAAGUCACAUGCUCACAUGCCCAAUGUGUCGAGGACAAACUUUAUUGACAGGUAAAGGAGUUGUUGAUCUCCGUACUGACUUCAAGAUGACGUCUCUGCUUGAGGAGAUUAAACAGCAUCAGAAUGCACUUGAAAGACAAAAGGACAAACAAGCUCUGGGUAUAGAAUGGAAUGUACCAGCAUGCAACAAGCAUCCUGAUAAGGGUCUUAUAAUGUAUUGCAACAAAUGUAAGAAGUUAGUAUGCACAACUUGCAUUGGGAAAGACCACACCAAGCAUCCUGUUAUUGAACUGAAUGAAGCUUUAGAGAAAUGCAAACAAGACGCUAAACAACUGAUUGCAAAGCUUGAACGUAAUAAAAUCAAGCUCAUGACCGCUGUUCAAGGUAUCGUGAUGUCUCGUAAGAUGUUGGAUUCCAUGUUAGCCGACACCAAAGAGAAAAUCUGCAAGGGAGCCGAGAACAAGAUUUCCGAGGUCAAAGAGGAGCAGCGACGGCUUAUUCAAGAAGCGGAACAGAUCCAUGAAGAUAGAGUGAAGACCUUUGAAGCCGCUCGGAAAACCAACAGCCAUGAGAUGGAUAAAGCAGAUCACAAACGGGAUGAAGUGAAACAGCUCAUGGAUCAAGGAAACUGCUUUAGUAUUCUCCACCGUAUAGAGAAACUAUUACAAGACCUGAAGGAGUACACAGAGAUUCAGCCGAGCAGAGUGCCUUAUGGUUUAUCCUACAUUGACUUUGAAGAAAGUGGCUCCCUCGGAAGACUACUGCUGCAGGAUGUCGAUGAGCCAAGCCCGAGCCCAACACCUUGUGCAAAGACUACACACCAGACAUGGACGUUGCAAACAGAAACUAUGAAAUACAUGAGUGGAGAAAAUGAGAUGGACAUUAAAUGGGCGUACGACAUUGCAACAUUCUCCAACAAGGAAAUCGUUGUGACAAUUUUCCAAAAUGAUAGCUUGAUAUCGAUCGCACCACAAAGCUCGCCUCAGUCGACCGUCAUUGCACAAAGACUACCAAUCAAUGGACUCUCACAUCCAAGCAGAGUGACUGUAAACAAGAACGCCGAGCUCAUUGUUCUAGAUAACGAAGCAGUUAAAAUCUUCAACAGGGACUAUCAGCCCCUCCAUAAGUUCACACCACGUCCAGGGAAGAACAGCCGACCUUCAUGUCUCGCUGUGGAUGACCACAAUCUGAUAGCAGUUGGGUACAAGAACAAGGAAGAUAUAUCUCUACUCCAACCAAAUGGCUCUCUCAUCAGAACAUUAGCAGCUCCAGGGAUUGGUCGAUACUUAACAACCUACAAGCAGCAACUCAUCUAUACCAACUGGCUCAGCAGAAAGUUGGUGGCAGUAGACUAUGAUGGUGAUAUGGUAUUCUUGGUGGAUAUCAUUGACUCCGGAUGGCCUCAGGGUGUAUGUUGUGAUAAGGAUGGUAGUAUCUAUGUCGCUGUAUGGAACGCUGGGCUAUCAUCAUCAGGUGAGGUCCAGCAGUACGGUCCGGAUGGCAAGUACAUUGGAUGUAUCAUCAAGGAAUGUGAUAACCCAUGGGGGAUUACAUUCACAUCGUCCGAUGACCUGGUAGUGGCUGCAGGAAAAUCGGUUCAAAUCUAUCAAUAUGACUAAGUACAACAACUUGAUUCGCAGCUUGAACAGGCAUGAUAUUUGGUCCUCGGUUCAAAUCUAUCAAUAUGACUAAGUACAACAACUUGAUUCGCAGCUUGAACAGGCAUGAUAUUUGGUCCUCGGUUCAAAUCUAUCAAUAUGACUAAGUACAACAACUUGAUUCGCAGCUUGAACAGGCAUGAUAUUUGGUCCUUGGAAAAGUUUGGAGGACAAAGAAUGACCUAUUUUGUUCAUCUCUGAUUUUUUCCAAGGGCAGAAAUAUCGGAAAAUCAGACUGAAGGGGGAAGAACAUCAUGCCUGUUAAAAUAGCACAAUAAACAUAGUUAGACCAGCAUGUUCAGGUAAAUAUCACACAUUUGUUGUCAGAGAUCUAACAAUCAGAAUCAAGGAUUCAAGUUUGCUCAAAGAUAAAAACAAGACAAUUUCAUAAAGUUGUUAAGCAG